AUGAAGGCAAAGGUGCAGCAGAAACAAUCUCGAAUACAUCCAAGUUUGGCACCGCCCUCAUCCAAGAGAACAUAUGGAGCGUGGGUGAUACCCUUCGCGGUGUUGGGGAUUACUGUUCUUCAUGUCUUUAUCAACAUUUUGCCCCCACGAAAUCCCAGUAAUAAGACUAUACGAUUCCGUUCCUCUCAAGAGCCCUUAAUGAUGCAAUCGCAACCAAGUGACAUCCUGACAAAUGCAACGACAUCUCUUCUUCUUACGAAAACGGCUCCAACGACAAACGAUGUCGUUGUCACCACGGAGACAGCAACAGCAACAAAGGAGCUUCCACCAAAGUCACCCCAAGAGUGGAUAGAAACUUCAACUUCCACUUCCACGGCAACCACAACAACAACAACCGACGACAACGGGAAGGGGUCAGAUAAUCCCAACAAGACAGUCACGGCCGCUCCAGUAUAUCUGAAGGAAAGAAAACAAGAAGACAAUCCGCAACAGGAAGUACCGAAUCUGCCAGAGAAGGAAGAAAAAGACUUACCAGCGAAGGAUGAAAACGAACAAGGGAAGGACAUCCCAAUAGAAGAACCUAAAGAGUUGCCAGUGCAUGCAGACCAAAAACAGACGGCGACAGAAGAAAAGGCGAAGGAGCCACUUCAGGAAAAGGAGGACAAGGACAAUGAAAUCCAAGAGAAUCAACAUUUGGUCUCUGGAACCAACAUAACCACAAAAUCAGCAGAGAAGAAACCAGAGCUUUCCAUCCAGAGAGAGGAGGAGGAAGUCAACCAAGCAUCCUCCAUUCAAACCACAGAUACUGGAACUGGUGGAUCCCUACCGGAACCAACUACUGGCCAGGCAGAACCGCAGAACGAGAACGAUGUUAAAAAACUGAAGGUAUACACGAGUCGAAAGGAGGCGUUGUCAGACAAACGACAUGCACGAGUCAAAACCACCAUCAGUACAACGAAAAGGAAUGUGAAUCGACUCAGGGGUACCAUCAGAGACUGGAAACCAUUGAAAAAAACUUCCUCCAGAGCAAGAGCAAGGCAAUCCUUGUCAAAACCAACCACGUACACUGACUCUCGCUUCGAGGAAAUGAAGGCGUAUAACGGUAGCGUGUUCCAUCACCCAGAAGAUAUUCCUUCACAGGUUGUCUCCAAUAUGGAUGCCAUUCUGGUUGUGGGAGGAGGAAUGUUCUCAUCCCAAAAAGAGCCGUCUCCAGUCGUUCAGCAGACAUUGGAAGACGUUAUAACGCUUCUGGGUAAUGGGACUGCCAAUGGUGCCCAAGCAUCAGGCAACAAUACUACGUUGCCUAUUCUGUGCUUGUCGAACCACGCCCCACCGGCAGGAUCGUCGUUGUCACAGGCUGCCAUUUCAGCUUCGUAUCUGAUGAAAGAAGGAAAGCGGAUUGGAUUGGAUCCAGAUCACAUCUACAUGGAAUCCACCUCACUGGAUCUGAUAGGAGCGGCCUUUUACAGCAGAAAGAACUUUGCCGACAGCAUGGGUUGGAAAAAUCUUUUAAUUGUUGUCAACCAGCUGGUACAGCCAUACACAGAGGCUGUCUUUCAAUGGAUCUACGGCCUGGAUGCCAGCAACAGAGCGCAAGGAGACUUCAAUCUUUUGUUUUUGGUGCCCCCUGAUAUUGUUGUGGAGACCCCGCCAUAUAUAAACACACACCCCGAGAAGGUUGCCCAUGUCGCCAAGAAGCUGGCACCACGCCUCAGAACGAUGCAGGACGUCCAUCAUUUUCUAAACCAUGAACAUGAACUGUAUUCAGCCAGACAUGUUGUCCAGAGCAUGGCUUCUGUCUUUUAG